ACCCCCAACCCUACCCCCACCCCCACUCCCACCCCUACCCCCACCCCCACCCCCACACCUACCCCCACCCCCAACCCUACCCCCACCCCCACCCCCACCCCCGCACCUACCCCCACCCCCACACCUACCCCCACCCCCACUCCUACCCCCACCCCCACCCCCACUCUUACCCCCACCCCCACUCUUAACCCCACCCCCACCCCCACUCCUACCCCCAGCCCCACCCCCACACCUACCCCCACCCCUACUCCCACCUCCACCCCCACACCUACCCCCACCCCCGCCCCCACACCCACCCCCACCCCCACCACCACUCCCUCCCCCAUCCCCACCCCCACCUCUACCCACACCACACCCACCCCUACACCAAACCCCACUCCCACCGCCAACACUACCACCACCCCUAACCCCACCACUACCCCUAACACCAACCCUACCCCCACCCCUACCUCCACUCCC